AUGAAUUCAUUAAACCAACAAAGUUUCAACGAUUCAAACGUUGAUUAUGAUGAAGACAGCGAGGAGGAAGCAGAAGCUCUAACAGCUGCUGAAGUUUUUGCUAAACUUGAAGAGGCAUGGUUAAAUGAAAAAUUUUCUCCAGAACUUUUGGAAGCUAAAACAGAAAUUGUUGAAUGUAUAAUGGAUCAAAUAAAAGUGAUGGAAGAAAACUUAUUAAAAUGCAAAAAAGAUGAUAUGAAAAUUUGUAUUCACAAGAUGGAGCUUGAUCGAAUCCGGUUUGUCCUUAGCAGCUACCUGAGGAUCCGUUUACAGAAGAUCCAGAAUUACACAGCUUAUUAUCUUAACAUUGAAAACCAAAGAACAGAUAAACAAGCAUCGCUUUUUUCACCUGAAGAACUCAAAUUUGCUAAAGAAUUUCAUUCAAGUAUUGAUAAACACUUGACAGAAUUGGCUAUGCAGCACAUGCCAUCCAUAUUGCAAAAUUUAAAUGAUAAUCUUUCUGGAAACAAACCAGACUUGGACUGUUAUGUUUUCCUCAGAGUUAAUGAAGAUACUGAUAGUGUUGUGAUUGAUGAAGAGACAACAGAAACAGGGGAAGAGACUGUUGACUUUCAAAAAGAUGAACAACAUAUAAUUCGAUAUCAGCCAAUAAGACAUUUAGUUUCUUCCUCUCAAUUAACUCUGAUCUGA